UCCAGGGCUCUGGAGGCCACGGGCAUGAUGCUUCGGGUCCUGGUGGGGGUCAUCCUCCCUGCCAUGCUGCUGGCUGCCCCACCGCCCAUCAACAAGCUGGCACUGUUCCCAGACAAGAGUGCCUGGUGCGAAGCCAAGAACAUCACCCAGAUCGUGGGCCACAGUGGCUGUGAGGCCAAGUCCAUCCAGAACAGGGCGUGCCUAGGACAAUGCUUCAGCUACAGUGUCCCCAACACCUUCCCGCAGUCCACAGAGUCCCUAGUACACUGUGACUCCUGCAUGCCAGCCCAGUCCAUGUGGGAGAUUGUGACCUUGGAGUGUCCUGGCCAUGAGGAGGUGCCCAGGGUGGAUAAGUUGGUGGAGAAGAUCUUACACUGUAGCUGCCAGGCCUGCGGCAAGGAGCCCAGUCACGAGGGGCUGAGUGUCUACGUGCAGGGCGAGGACAGCCCGGGCUCCCAGCCUGGCACCCACCCCCACCUCCACCCUGGGGGGCAGAACCCUGAACCCGAGGACCCCCCUGGGGCCCCCCACACCGAGGAAGAGGGGGCUGAGGACUGAGGCUCCCCCAACUCUUCCUCCCCCCUCGUCCCCCUGUGGAAUGUUGGGUCUCACCCUCUCCGGGGAAGGGUGAGGGGAGAGGCUGAAGCCCCCCUUUGGCACUGGAUGGACUUGGAUUCAGACUUGGACUUGGAAUGCUGCCUGGUUGCCAUGGAGAUCUGAAGGGGAGUGGCUGGAGCCAAGCUGCACAAUUUAAUAUAUUCAAGAGUAGGGGGAGGAAGCAGAGGUCUUCAGGGCUCUUCUGUGGAGGGGGGGCUCUUCCUGUCUGCCUUCUAGAGAUGUGCCCUUGGGAGGGGGAGGAAGUUGCCUAAGCUGCUGAGGUUGGCAUGAGGCCAUCCAAGAUGGCGGGAGCCAAGGCCCUCACAGCCCUAGGGUGGCAGGACUCCUGGGGGUGCAGAUUGUACAGCUGCCCUGGGCUAAGGGUAGGCACCUAGCCAGCCUUAACCUUGAGGGAGGGGCUGGGCUAGAAAGGCCAUUGGCAAAAGCUCCUGCCCCACAGGUUUCCCCAAGAGCCUCCCACCCCACUCCCCAUGCCCAGGAAGUCUCCCCAGUGGCACUGAGGUGGCCUCCUUUAAUGGAGUGGUUUGGGAGUCAGGCCUGGGCAGGACCCUGCUGACUCAUGGCACUAGAGCUGGAAGCCAGGCUCUCUGGGCUUUUCUCUGGCUUCCUUGGCUUGCCUGGUGUUGGGUGGGGGGAGGAGGAAAGGGAGGAGCCUUCUGGAGCCAGGAGUGGGGGAUGACCCCUGCCAGGCCUCUCUGAAGAAGAGCAUUCCCCCAUUCUCUCCAUCUUAGAGAUCUUAGUACCUUGCACUGCCCCCUCCCCCCCAAGUCCUAGGCCUGUCAGAUAACUAAUGGAGCCAGCCCUACCCUCCUGGGGAAGCUCUUUCUGAAUAUGUGACAAGGAGAGGGGUGGUGGAGGGGGGUCAUCUCCCUUGCUCAGACAUUCCAGAAGGACUUGGGUUUGAUGAACUCUACCAGAACUUUGAGGAACUCCAGGACAAAGAGGAGCAAGGGCUCAUAUGGGCAGCCAGGGUUCACUUGGGCUCUCCCUAGCUCGCCAAUUCUGCCCAUCUCCUCCCUCCCAGCUGCACUUUAACCCUAGGGGGGUGUGGGACCUGGGGGAAGGGCAGUGCAGGCAGGCAGUGAAGAAAGUCCCUCAGUCCCCAGAACUGCCUGCAUCUGCCCUUCUAUGCCCAGGGGGGCUGCCAGGCCACCACCCCCUGCCUGGGGGUGGGGGGAUGCCCUGGCCCUCACAGCUGUUCUGACGAGAGCUUCUGGAGCUUAUAACCAGUAGAUGGUCUCCCUGAUGGACCCUGAGACUUUUCAUGAAUAAAUUUGUUCAAUGCC